UAUCCAAACACAUUCCUCUCUCUCUUUCCCUGCCCAUUCAGAUGGCCACAUUUUGCCAUCACCCGACUCCUCUCAGCUUCAGGACUCCAAUUGUUGGCGCGAAGAAGAGCUCCAGAAACGAUGCCGCUUUUGAGGAGAAGAAGUCGGUGUUCGUGGACUAUGACAAGGGAAUCCAUGAGGUCUCCACUAGCAUCAACGGUUUUGGGAAGGCCGAGAUACCCAAGAGGCAUCGGCUUCGACACGAGAGCGACCGGUUCCAGAAGGACUGGUCCGUGUCUCAGGUGGUCGAGAAGGUUCUCAAGCUAGGCCACUGGGAUGAUAUCGACGGCUUGUUGAACCGGUGGCUCGGCAGGUUCGCCAGGAAGAAUUUCCCGGUUCUCAUUAGGGAAAUUACUCAAAAGGGUUCUAUUGAGCACAGCAUACGAGUUUUUAAUUGGAUGAAACAGCAGAAAAACUACUGUGCGAGAACAGAUAUCUACAACAUGAUGAUCAGGUUGCAUGCUCGACAUAACCGGACAGAUCAAGCCCGCGGCUUGUUUUUUGAGAUGCAAGAGUGGAGGUGCAAGCCGAAUGUUGAAACUUACAAUUCUCUGAUUAAUGCACAUGGUCGAGCUGGUCAAUGGCGUUGGGCUAUGAAUAUACUGGAAGACAUGCUGCGUUCAGCUAUUGCCCCUAGUCGGUCAACAUAUAACAAUUUGAUCAAUGCUUGUGGAUCUACCGGGAAUUGGAGAGAAGCCCUUAACGUUUCCAAAAAAAUGACAGAAAAUGGGGUUGGGCCUGAUCUGGUGACUCACAACAUUAUUUUAUCUGCAUACAAGACAGGGACUCAAUAUUCAAAGGCAUUGUCUUACUUUGAGCUAAUGAAAGGGACAGGCAUCCGUCCUGACACAACCACGUACAAUAUUGUUAUUUAUUGCUCAGUAAAACUUGGACAAUAUGGGAAAGCCAUUGAUAUUUUUAACUCCAUGAGGGAAAAGAGAUCGGAGUGCCGCCCUGACGUUGUAACAUUUACAAGCAUCAUCCAUUUGUAUUCUGUGAGUGGACAGAUUGAAAAUUGUAAGGCUGUGUUUCACACAAUGCUUGCAGAAGGACUUAAACCUAAUAUUGUGUCAUAUAAUGCACUAAUUGGCGCAUAUGCUUCACAUGGAAUGAGUGAAGAGGCACUCUCAGUUUUUAAUGAAAUAAAACAAAAUGGUAUGCGCCCUGAUGUUGUCUCAUAUACUUCUCUACUCAAUGCUUAUGGAAGAUCACAGCAACCUGCUAAAGCUAGGGAAGCAUUUAUCAUGAUGAGGAAAAACAAAUUGAAGCCAAAUAUUGUUAGCUACAAUGCACUGAUUGAUGCCUAUGGAUCCAAAGGUUUGUUAGCUGAAGCUGUGGAAGUAUUGCGUGAAAUGGAGCGAUAUGGGAUUAAGCCAAACAUUGUAUCAAUAUGCACCCUCUUGGCUGCCUGUGGCCGCUGUUGUCAGAAGGUGAACAUUGAGGCUGUGCUUUACGCAGCGGAGAUGCGAGGCAUCGAAUUGAACACAAUAGCAUAUAAUUCAGCUAUUGGGAGCUAUAUAAAUAUUGGGGAAUAUGAUAAGGCAAUAUCUCUGUACAGAUUGAUGAGAAAAAAGAGAGUCAAAUCAGAUUCUGUUACCUACACUGUCUUGAUAAGUGGUUGCUGCAAAAUGUCAAAGUACACCGAAGCACUUGAGUUCUUUGCUGAUAUGAUGGAUUUGAGGAUUCCUUUGACCAAGGAGGUCUACUCAUCUGUUAUCUGUGCCUACGGCAAGCAGGGCCAACUAAAAGAAGCAGAAUCUGUGUUCAACAUGAUGAAGAUGGAAGGUUGUUGUCCUGAUGUUAUUACAUAUACAGCAAUGCUACAUGCCUAUAAUGCUGCAGGGGACUGGAUAAAAGCCUAUACCAUUCUUCAAGAAAUGGAAGCAAAUAAUGUCGAACCCGAUGCUAUGGCAUGUUCAGUUCUGAUGAGAGCUUUCAAUAAAGGAGGCGAACCAUCCAAAGUCCUUGUUAUGGCGGAGUUCUUAAGAGAAAAAAAUAUCCCCUUCAGUGAUGCCAUCUUGUAUGAAAUGGUGUCAGCCUGCAGCCUGUUACGAGACUGGAGAACGAUAACUGACCUGAUCAAAAUAAUGGAGCCCUCAUUUCCUGUAUUUUCGAUUGGACUUCUCAAUCAGCUUCUUCGUUUUCUUGGGAAAAGUGGGAAGAUUGAGUCUAUGAUAAAGUUGUUUUACAAGAUUGUGGAGUCUGGUGCUGAAAUAAACUUCAAUACUUACUCAGUUUUGUUGAAAAAUCUUUUGGCUGUUGGAAACUGGAGAAAAUAUAUUGAGGUAUUGCAAUGGAUGGAGGAUGCAGGAAUUAAGCCCUCGAAUGGAAUGUAUCGUGAUAUAAUAUCCUUUGCACAAAGGAGUGCUGGGGUUCAAUAUGCUGCUGUAAUUCGAGAAAAAGUUGGUGGAUUCACAAUUGAGUUGCAUGAUGAAUGCCAUAAGCUUUUGUGGAAUGCUAUCACAUGGCAAUACUCAGAUUCAAGUCACUUGAGGAAAGCAGUGGGAUUUGCCUUUUAAAAGAAAAGGAAUUGCAUAGUAUUUCAUAUCGAACGGUUCCAAUGCAGACGUAAAAAGAGUUUAGAGGUUGAAAGACUAUCCAGCUUGAGUUACAUAGGAUAUUUGAUUCAUUAAGAAGUCAGCCGGGCAGCCAAACAUCCAUUGUUUGAUGUAAUAGAGGUAUGAGUAAAAGCCACGAGUUCUGGAUAUGCUAAACGUCUCUCCAGAUACAUUAAUCUCCGCUCUGAGAUACUACAGAGAUCAAAAGCUUGGCACGUUUCAAUGUUGGUAGAUGAAAUCAGGAAAAAUUUAGACAACAAUAAAGAAUAGCAAAAUUGGGAUUUGGACAUAUAGAUUAGAAGUUAAAGUCUACGCUCUGUAGUAUCAUCAGCAUGAACUAUCACAAAGGUCUGAUGUUCUUUUGUCAUCGGACAAAGCUAGCAGGUGGUGGAAUUCUGCCAUGAUCUUCACACCACCUCAGCCACUCUUUACUCAGGAUCCCAAUGUUGUCAUUGAUGCCCGUGGUUUCUGAAGGCGUGAAGUGUUCCUUUUAUGGUUACUAUGUUCCUCUUUCGUUCUCUCUCUGCUGUUCAGUGCAUAUAUGGUUAGCCCCUCUAGCUACUGCAUAGAGACUGUUACAGACUUGCUUGUCCUGUAAUUUUUAAUGUUUUAUGGAUAUAGAUUUUAUCUUUUGCUUUGUAUAAAGAAGAAAAGAAAGGAUGAUAGGAGGUGAAAGGCAAACAGGACAGCUUGUGACGUUUGAAA